AUUUCAAGAUGGCUGACGAAAACGCAUGGGAACCAUUAGUUGAGACUUUGACAAAGUCCUUUUCGAAUUUAUCACCGCAGAUUUUACCUGGAAUGCAUGGCGCGAAAAAGGUCUUACAAGCUCUUCAGUCUGGUUUGAACGAUCCUCGUGAAAGCAGGGCGGAAUUAGAGAUCCAUUGUAAAUGGUGUGGCAAAGUAGUUUCCAAGGACAGUGAGACUUUGGACAUCCCACAGGAUUCUGUGAAAACUGUGGAAAGAAUACUAACUUGGCAUAUAGAUUGGACUAAAAGGAUUCUGAAGAUUAAAGGGGCAGAGUUUUGUUGUCAAGAUUGUCAUUUGCUGUUGAACCUUGCAAAGCUACUGAAUUUCCUGUUGUCUUCAGAUAACUCUUCAGACAGUGCAAAGCUGUAUUCUUUGGCCUCCCACUUCUGUCAAAUAAAUGGACACACAUCUCAGUCAGGAGAAGACGACAUCAUGUUACUUCAACAAGCUGUAUCUGUUGUUCACUCUCUCCAUGUGCUAACAAAAAACAUGCCGGAUUUGCAAAUUCAAGGACCAGAUGGCAAAAGCGUCACAUUGGACACUGUUUGUGACGUGUUAAACCAUUUUUCUCCACGUUUGAUGUCAAGCUCUUCCCCAAGGUCUGCAUCAAAAACAAAACAGAAGAGGAUAAAAGCGAAAAGGUUAAACGACGAUCUUAACAUCACCAAGAAAUUAGAUUCCUCGAUGACUGAGCUUAAAACGAAUUCUAUAAAGAAGAAAAAGAUGGGAGUGGCUUCUGAACCUCAUGUUAAUGGAAAUCACACCAGCGAUGAUGAAGGCGCGGUUGAGGAUGAUCAUGCCAAGGAAACAUUUGAGGGCUCAGCAAAAAGAAAGCAUCUUAUUGUAUCCGGAAAGAGGAAGAAAGGUACAGCUGGGAAAGUGAAACUCGGGAAAAAGAGGAGGUGACUUUCCGCCAUUAAACUUAAUUGAAAAGACAUUACGGCCGGUUCGUGAAAUGCGAUCAAGUUAACCGUAUUAUUGACGUAUAGUCUGUUUUUGGAUGAUCUCCACCCCAGCUCCCGAAGUUGUAAUCGCCCAAUCAAGAAUAACUCUAGCUUGCGAACAGGCACUCAUUAUUAGCGCUGCGGAACGAGCGGGAUCUGGCCUUCAGUAUCGUUCCCAGACCCCCCUGCGGACAUUUUCGGACAAAUUGAUGACCCUUAGAGAUGUAAUUUGGCACAGGCUUCCGACAUGAUUACGUUUUCUUAUUUCCAUUCAGUACUGCAAUGUAUAUUAGGUUCGUUAAAAGCAAGACAAAUUAGUCAAGUUGUAUCAGAUUCCUGUACGUUUACUGGAAAGAUAAAAGAAUAAUUAUUAGUUCUCUGCGGCUCUAACUUUUUAAGAGGACUACCUAACUUGCCCACACACGAUUUUUUUUUAUAAAAACAUCGAUAAAACAGUUUUUUAAAGUGUAUUUCGAAUUAUUGGACUACGAGCAGUCUCUCCUUUGCAACAAAGUCCGUCGCUCAAAUCAAAAAAAUAUUUAAUGAAAAAAAUAUUGAUAUUAGUGGGCCGCGGGGAGCUCCGGAAGUGAGGCGCUUGCACAACGGACUUCGCCGAAAGGGAGGGGCAGCUUGCAGUCUAAAUGCAUAUGUUUGCUCUCGACAAGUUUGCGUAUUUAAGAAUGUCUUUAUUACCAAGAGUAAACACUUUUGAAACAGAUAGAAGCAGAAAGAGAUUAAACAGAAAAGAUAUAAGAAAAACAGAACUAGAAAAAUUGACCCAGUUUUCUGCCAUCAUAAUGCUUUUGAAAAAGUGUGAAAUGAGCCACUUCUCAGUGAAUUGCUCGAGAAGUUUUUCCCUUGUGGAACCUCUUAAAAGUUACAUGCGGAAGGGCCAAGAUAAUACUAAAUUCUACUAUUUUCAAGCGUUGUAGAGAUUGAAGGUUGCUAAAACCAAUUUUAUAUCACAAAGGACAAACAGGAUGUAGUAUUAACGACUGAUGAAGUUUACUGAUAGACUGCUAAAGAGUCGUAAUUGUAAGGAUUGUUCACAAUCUUUGUCGCUUUGCGACCAAGAUAUGCUACUCCAACCAGCGCCAUGAUGGAAGCUACUGUUAGCACCACUAGAACAAUGUUUGUUGCACUAGGAGCCACAGACGUACCUGAAACAAGAAAAUCCAAUGAAAAUGAAAAUUAUUAUUUGAAGCCCUAUGCUCGCUGACUGCUACUUCGAGUUCAGCAUAUGUGGGCGUCAACUCCCCGUCAUUAUUCUUCCACUCAUAUCGUUGGGAAGAAAAA